UAUUUAAUCUCCAAAUUUCAAAUUUGGUCAAAAUUUCGACCACUCCGCCAAUCUUCUUCAUUAUUUUCAAAAUUUUUCUGUAUUCUUCGUUGUCUUCCUGGUUGAGCUGUAUUUCCUUACGUUUUAGAUUCGAUGGAUUCAAAAAUUAAAUGCCCCAAAAUCGCAAGAUUUCCUCUCUAAAUCCCUAAUAAAUUCCCCCGACCAAUCACUCCUCUCUCUCUCUGGUUUUGUUCUCAAUGGCAACUUCAGCUUUCAAGUCAACAACUAAGAGAGCCUCCGUCGCCAACACUCCCGGUGACUCUUCUUCCUCCAACCGCUCCUCCUCCUCCUCCUCCUCCGUCCACCGCCGCGCCAGGAGUCUCAGCAGAUUCUCCCGCCGGCUUCCCGGUUUCGGUGACGAUGACGAUGAGCCUACUCCGUCUCCGAGGAACAAGGGGAGGUUCGUUACUACCGUAAGGGGAACGGAAUUCCCGGAGAUUAGUCUUGAUGAUCUUGCUAUCGAGCUCUUUGACUCCUCACUCCGAGGACGUUCGGAUUCCCGGAUUGAUGACGUCACACCACACAAAGGUAUAGGAGGAGGACGAGGACAGAAUGUGACUCAGACGAGAGGACGGUCGGUGUCUAGGCAAGGAUCGAGAGGCAGUGCUGUAAAUAGUGGUGCUGAAGGAAGGCUAACUUCGGACACCGCUAGCUCCAGGAAGAGAAGAUCGGUUUCGGUUGUUCCGUAUCAGAUUAGAGAUUCUAAGAGUGAUCUAGAACAUUUACCGAACUCAAGCAACCGUGCUAGUAUGAAGAGUUCUAUUGUUGGAAACAAUCAGACAUCCUCCGCUCAUAAGCCAACAGCUUCAAAUAAUAGGCAACGCCUAAGAAGAUCUCUCAGCCAAAAAGACUUAAAGUAUCACGAUGGCUAUUCUAGCCACUCUUCUGUUAUAACUGAUGAUGAAGGGAGGGAUGCUGCUCUUUCCAAUAAAAAUGGGAUGGAGAGGACAAUAAAAGCGGUAUAUGCACAGAAAAAGGGGGAGCACCCCAUCGGGGAUGAUGUGAAUGGUGUGUUAUAUUGUGCAAUGCGAGAAGAGCUUAGACAUGCUUUGGAAGAGAUCAAGACACAACUUGAACAAUCAAUGGUUAAAACAAAGAAGCCUGGCAUAGCAAGCAGUGAUAGCUUGUGGCCUGACAAUUCUGAUGUAAAUCAGGCUGUUUCUGCAACUAGAAGGAAGUGUACAACAAAAUUGGAGAAGUCUGAGAAGCGUAAACAAGAUUUAUUAGCUAAGAUUCUAUUGGAGGAGCAGCAUGGUAGAGAGAUCUCUAAAAUUGUCAAGGAAUUGCUUCCUGAACCAAAGAACACGAUUGUUGAGAAACCGUUACAAGCCCGAAAGAGGAGCAAUGAAAGAUAUAGAAUGUCUCGGCAAUUAACCGAGGAGGCUGAAAAGUAUAUUGAAGAUUUCGUUUCGAAUGUUGAAGACACGGAUAUUUCAUCUUUGGAUGGAGACAGGAGUGAUACUACUAGUUCAAGUAUGGGGGGAAUAACAAUGACACCAAUUUUCCAGAAUCCAGCAGUGUUUAAAUCUGUCCCUGUUGAAAUGGAUGGUAUAAUGCUGCCUUGGUUACAGUGGGAGACUUCUAGCGAUGUUUCUCCCUUUUCUUGUGAGAAUAAACGCAAUCUUUCUCAGGAAGUGACUAGUGCACAAGAUCUAAGCGAUCAAUUGACGAGCAGCAGGCGAGGGAGAUGGAGCCCAGAAUUUAGCGAUUGCCGUCCUUCAAAUUCUGUAGCGGGAUUCAGAGGUGGAAAUUACCAAAGCCAAAUCUCUGCUCCAAAUAAGAAGACGAUGGAGUUGGACUUGGAUGAUUAUCUAAAACCUAAAAGUGAGGAAGCUUUUCUCCUCGAAAUGUGGAGCCAACGACAUGGAAUUAAUUCAGGUUGGCUUUUGCUCUGUAAACACAUCUUCCUUUAAUUAAAAUCCCAUAUUUUUUAAUAAAAAAUUUGUAAUUGAGACUACAG